GCUUUAAAAAAAAGUUUUCCUUGCACCGUCACUGCAUGCAGGGUUUCGUUAAAGAAGUAUAGGAGACUGGAAAACUGGCAAAUGCUGUAGUCCACGAAGUCAAAGUAUUAGCAGGAUGAGCUGGAAAAUAUUUUAUUUAUCACGGAAGGUUGAGCCCAGAAAGUUCAGAGACCGCAUCGUUUUCUGCUGCUUGCGACAAGGACAGGCUGCUGCAUGCGUGUCCGGUGUCCACCGACAGUACGCCACAGCACCGCACCGUGUGCAUGUGCCGGUGGGUCUGCUGAAGGUCUGGUUGGGUGUUUCUCUUUAAUUCUGCGGCAUCUCUCUCACUGGAUGCGGGCCUGCUGUUGUGGAGGAGGGCGGGCCGUGAACACAUUGAGCAGAUUUCGGACAGUAAACUAGCUGAUGAGACGUGUACGGAGCGUGGACUUUGGGAUGAUUUCUGCACGCGGCUCGCCUAACUAGGUUUCCACUGAUUGAAUUUAGAGAAUGGCAUGCGGAGCUCCAAGCUGAGCACAGGCCCAGUCUGCUGUCUGGAAACUGACCUCGGGUAAACCCUCAGAGGCUCGGCAGACUUUGGAGAUAUUCUGCAGAGGUAUUGUUGCGCAGAACGGAAACUCUGGCGCAACGUGAAGGGGGAUGAGCUCCCAACCAAGCGAUACGACAGGCGACUGAGUGAAACUGCGCGUAUUUACGGACACACUGGCAGCCACUGCGCCCCUGUGAACCGGUGCAAACAUGAUGUCACUGAUAGAUCUGGACGAUGAUCAGCGAUGGGUGCCCACUCAUGUGAAUGUCACCGUCCUCCGCGCAAGAGGACUGCGAACCAAGGGCAAGCACGGCAGCCGCUACCUCUACACCAUCAUUCAGGUGGGGAAGGAGAAGUACACCACCGGGCUGGUGGAGAAGGCGGAGGUGCCCGAGUGGAACGAGGAAUGCUGCUUCGAGCUGCUCCCUGGGAUCCUGGAGGACGGCGGCCGGAGCGCCUACCCCCCGGGGAGCGGGGACCUGGUCCUCACGGUCAUGCAUCGGGUGCUCAUCGGACUGGACGUGUUUCUCGGUCAAACCAUCAUUCCUCUUGAUAAGAUAUUUCAGGAGGGGAUGUGUCCAAGAGAUGAAUGGUUCAAGCUCAACUCCAAGGCAGGACGAAAGGAGAAGGAACGCGGUGAACUUCAGGUGACAGUCCAGUUCACCCGCAACAACAUGACAGCCAGUAUGUUCGACCUCACCAUGAAGGACAAACCUCGCUCUGCUUUCGGCAAGCUCAAGGAUCGCGUCACAGGGAGGAAGAGGGGGGAUGUGGAGUCUUCCUCAGCCAUCGUGCCAGGCCGCUACGCCGCCCUGUCCGGGUCCCUAGGGCAGCCGUUUGGUGAGGGGGGCGGUGGGGUGGUAGAGUCUCGAGAUGUGGAGAUAGCAGAGGAAAAGAAGAGCAAGAUGAAAGAUUUCUUCAAGGGAAGGCUGCGCAAGUCGUCUGACACCAGGUCGUGCUCGUCGCUGGCCUCAGAGAGUAGUAUGUCUUCCAUGGCCAGUGAUAACCCCGGCCCUCCACCCAAUCUGGACCUGCUGUCAGACCCUCCCAGCUCCCCCAUCUACACAAGCAAAGUGAAAGUGGACACCCACUAUGGAGAGACGGAUUUAGCUAAAAAAGUGCUCACCAGCCAGCACACCACAAAGGUUCUCACACACAAGCGAGCUUUCAGCGAUGAAGCUAGCAAGAUCACAACAGCCUUCCCUCGAACAAAUCUUGCAGUGGAGUCUCUCAAGGGCCAGACCAUGACUCAGUCCAAGUCUUCCCUGUGUAUAAAUGGAAGCCAUGUCUACGACUCUGAGCCAUCGACUCCAAGGAGCUCAGGAGCCCUCCCAUCCAAGCUGGUCCUGCUGGAGAAGUGUUCCCCCCUCUCUCGUUCCCUGCAGAACCUCACCAAGAGAAGCGAGGACAAAGGUUCCUUUACCGAGGGCCGCCGCUGGUCCUUUGACAAGAUGAAGAAAGAGGAAAAGGAUGAAGAAAAGGAAGCUCAGGCAUCGUCUCUUUCAAUUCCGCAAGCUGAGACAGGGGGUUGCCCCAUGCAGGCAGCGAUGCCAAUCGUCUCCGCUGCUGCUGAGUCUCCUGAAAAAGGGAAGAAGCUAAGAAAGACGUUAUUCUCUGGUGGGAGGAGUGAUUCUCUCCCAGCUAAGUCGGACCUGAACCAGGCUGCUUCAGCAUCUGAGGGGAGGCUCAGAGGCUGGUUUGGCUCUGGUGACUCCCAGAACAAGCCGAGGCUGGAAGUUUCUCCUAAGGUAGAAAGCAGCUCAGAUGUACCCCCUCCCCUCCCUCCUCGCUCCCCUAUCCCCCCUCAGUGCUCCUCUCCCCCUGCCUCCCCUUCCAGUCAUGUCUCACCUGAUGACUGCAAUCAGUCCAAUCCCUCUCCCUCCUCGACUCCCAUCUCCCCCUCUAACCCUUUCCUUCCACGUAUGCAGUGCAACCCCUUCUUUGAGGAGCUCAUAGCCGAAGAGUCGCAGAGGUCCCCUCCUUUCGCGCCUUGUUCCCCUUCUGGCUCGUCCCCCUUUCAUUACACCACUUUGCCCUCACAGCCCAACACACCCAGCCCGGCUCACAAUAUUAAUGCUAUAAAUAUGGCUUCCAUAAAACGGGAGCGCCCCAGGCCAGUAGCUAGACAGAUAUCUCUCCCUGCAUUAUUACCGAGAGCAGCUGCAUCUAACUCCCCUAACCACGCAGCCCCUCGCUCCAUGUCAGAGAGUGCAGGAGAGUGGGACGAUUGUUUUGAUGCUUUUGCCUCUAGCAGGCUCAACUCACCUAAAGGGAGUCUUCCUCAGAAACGGCUGAGAACCAGUCCAACUUCAUCUCAUAGACAUAGUAAUCCAGUUAAUAGCAGUACCGGUAAUCAUGCACAAGAGCUGCAAACAUGUGAAGAGCAGCCGCCACCUUUGCCUCCAAGGAGAUUUUUGAGAACUCCAGUGAAUGAGAUUUACUCCGAUGGCUGGCUGCACAGAGGACAAGAACUCGCUGUCCAUAAAGAAGCCUACCUCCUCUCACAGACCGGUGUGGCCUCAUUACAACGUGGAAGAGAGGGCGAAUGCAAAAGAAACAGUAUAUCCCCAGACCCUCACGCGAGCAGCGAGACCUCCGACUCCCUCAGUGUCCACUCCCAGCCGUACACAAACGUCACCACGUCACCAGGAUUCAUCUCAGAAGAAAAGCUGAAAAAGUUCAAAUAUGAACCUUUGGAAGAUGAAACUGACUGCUGGGGAGGGAUGUUGUAUGAGCAAGACUUGUAUGGACGCAUGUGUCGAGGAAACUACGCACAACCCAAAGUAAACAAUCAUCAUUUGUCACUGACCACUAAGGAAGCUGCUGGAAAUAACAUCACAUUUAAGAACUCAGGACCUAAAAUGCUUCUUGAUAGUGAGAUAUCUGUUACAGACCUUUUGAACAUGUCAACUACUACUGCACCUAACCCAGAUGUCAAGGUACUAGAUAGUACUUCUGGUCCAGUAGAGGAGACAGUAGAGUCUAAUCCAACUGAAACCAUAUGCAUCAACAAUAACGUGUCUUUCUCACUAACCUUAGGAGACCUGAACAUGAAUGUGAAUAAUUUAGACUUUAGUUUUAUUGAUUCUGAUGGCUCCUCUCAAUCAGAGAUAGUUGAUACUCUCAAAGGCAUCAACAGUUUAGGUGAGAUUUACCCACAACCCACAGAAGAUUCACUGACAGCUGUUUACCACGAGGAGACCACACCUGAGGACAUGUUCACUUUAAAGGACACCUACAUACCUGAGACAAACUCUUCAUUUGAAAUAAACACUUCUUCCAAUAAACUGUGCAAAGUGUCUCCAAGUUGCCAAGACUGUCGCUGUGAGAUGACUAACGUGGCACUACGUGGUCACUCCAGGGUAAACAGCAGAGAGAUUGCUGCGUUGUCGUCACAAAUUCAAGCAUCUAAUUCAUCUGAUCUUGAAACUGAAUCCAGAGAAGAUAAAACGAGAGGUGACAAUGAUUUUAAAAAGACACAAAAGGACUUUGAUGACAAUGGGAAUCCACAAGCUGAGCUGGCCACGCUUAAGCAGACAGAGUCGUUUUCUGGAGUGGUUAGUGCACGUUUUAGACCAAAGGGAUUGUCCCGACAGAACAGCCGUGGCAGUCCAAGCAGCCAGAGCAAAAGUGGAGACAAAGAGUUUGAACAGUUGCUGUCUCUGGUUCAAAACAUUUCAGAUGUCGGUGAGGGACCAUUGUCUUAUCAGCCCACUAAAACAGCUCUUACUUCCUCACUGACAUUAGACAAACAGACAGUUAGCACCAAUACAACAUCACAAAUAUCUCCAAAAGACGACACCUUGUCUCUCUUCACGGAAAAUUGUGUAACAGGAAAACCCUCUGAGAUCAGUUUUGAAGACCUUCACGCAAAAGUAGCACCAAACUCGAGAACCCCUUCAAAGUCAAAGAUUGAGCAAUCUUUGCAAGAGCCUGAACCCUCUUCUCCCUCCAUCCCCUUUGCUCAGGCUGAGCUCCACCCUACCCCUGUCUGUUGCCCCUCCAUACAUCCCUCAAGCAUGGGGCCCAGUGCUGGAGCCAGCACUACUCUGGUUGUGGCCCCGUACACCUCCUCCUACUCUACCACCUCCACCACUGACCAGCCCCUGGUCGAUGCACGGCACUCACUUUUGCCUGAGGAGACACAGCCAGCUAGCAACCUGCCCCAUCAGGAGAGCAGACCUCAUCCAGUGAAGCCAUUAACCUCCAGCCAAUCAGAGAAGAAGGACGGUCGUUCGGUUCUGGAGAAGCUCAAGUCAACAAUCCACCCUGGACGCACCACCCACCAGGUCGUAGCUGAAGCCGACAGGAGUCAGGAAGUGACUGUAGACAACUCUGCUCAGUACAUGCACCUGACCAACAUGGAACUGAUCUCCCUGCUGCUGCAGCAGGAGAUGGACAUGCAAAAGCAGCAGGUGGCCUCCGAGCAGCAGGGGGCUCAACUGGUGAAAUGUGAGGCCGAGCUGAAAAAGGUAAAGUCACAAGUUCGAGACCUGGAGGACUACAUCGAUAAUCUUUUACUGCGGAUCAUGGAGCAGACACCCACGCUGCUUCAAGUGCGAACCAGACACAAGUGACCACAGCGCUAGAUUGUGUACGGUUUACUGCACAUGAUGUGUGAUCGUCUCGAACACAGUUUCCUCAAGAGUGGGUUCAAAACACAGGGUUAUUAUUGACGACUGGGAAUCACUGGUCUAGAGUCGGUUACAGUCAAACAAAUGCUCCACAAAUCAUCCAGGUCUUCUCACUGCUAAUACUGCCCUGUUGAUGUAGACACGAUAUUACCCAACAUGCAUGCUGGUUACUAUCUCAAUCUGGCACAGACAAAAAACAAAUUACUAUGCGAAAAGCUUCUAUAAAGCCGAUGCAAAUGAUUUUACCCAUGCUUAUUAGAAUGGUUUAAGGUAGUCAGCUGUUGUCAGUUUAAACUUUAAACUCACUGCUUUAACAUAUGCAUAAAAUAAAAUACAAGCUAGAGAAAAACAUUUUUGUGGAAGUGCAUUAAAUGUGCUCUUCAGGGAUUAAAAUAUGAAGUUAGCUCAAGUAACCUUAAAAAUGCAUCUGCUGAGGUGCAACAACAACAUUUUGACACAACAGAUUUUCAUCUCAAAUACUUUUAUGAAAUGGCAGGUGCACAAAGGUCACCUUGAGUUAAUUACAUAUUUUCAAGUAGAAUUUAAGAAAUACUACAAAAAAUAACAACACAUCAUAAAAAAACUGCUGCUCUGCAAUGCUAUUACCAUAAAAAGAUGUUUCUGCAUUAACACCGCUGUAUGAUAAGCAAAAAAACAAUAUUCAUGUUUGUGGCAGAAAGCCUAAAGAGGAUGAAGACUUAUUGUUUGCGUCUUGUUUCAUCGUUUUGUUUUCAGUUCCUUUAAUUCUUAUUUCUUGUUACACUAAAACAACGAGAAUGUUUUAAUAUAUUCUUAUCUUUUGUUGUCCAUUUUAAAAACUUUUGUUGAAAAAGAAGCAUUUUACUGUAGAAAUAACAAAGCAUCAGUGCAGUAAAUACAAAUAUUAUAAGUUAUUUCUAUUAAAUACUUUUGUCAUGAUAAUAUAUUCUCUAAUAUCACUCUAGCACCACUGUAGCUACUUGCAAUGCUUUACAUGACCACAGUACUGUACUGUAAUAAAAAAUAAAGUGCACAUG